UACUUUACAUGGGUAAAAAGCAGGACAUCUGGUAUGUUAUUGAUCUCCUGACCGGGGAGAAGCAGCAGACUUUGUCAUCGGCCUUUGCAGAUAGUCUUUGCCCAUCAACCUCUCUUCUGUAUCUUGGGCGAACAGAAUAUACUAUCACCAUGUAUGAUACCAAAACCCGAGAACUCCGAUGGAAUGCCACCUACUUUGACUAUGCAGCCUCACUGCCCGAGGAUGACGUGGACUACAAGAUGUCCCACUUUGUGUCCAAUGGUGAUGGGCUGGUGGUGACCGUGGACAGUGAAUCUGGGGACGUCCUAUGGAUCCAAAACUACGCCUCCCCUGUGGUGGCCUUCUAUGUCUGGCAGCGGGAGGGUCUGAGGAAGGUGAUGCACAUCAAUGUCGCUGUGGAGACCCUGCGCUAUCUGACCUUCAUGUCUGGGGAGGUGGGGCGCAUCACCAAGUGGAAGUACCCAUUCCCCAAGGAAACAGAGGCCAAGAGCAAGCUGACGCCCACUCUGUAUGUUGGGAAAUAUUCUACCAGCCUCUAUGCCUCCCCCUCAAUGGUGCACGAGGGGGUUGCUGUCGUGCCCCGCGGCAGCACACUUCCUUUGCUGGAAGGCCCCCAGACUGAUGGCGUCACCAUUGGGGACAAGGGGGAGUGUGUGAUCACGCCCAGCACGGACCUCAAGUUUGACCCCGGACUCAAAGGCAAGAACAAGCUCAACUACUUGAGGAAUUACUGGCUUCUGAUAGGACACCAUGAAACGCCACUGUCUGCGUCUACCAAGAUGCUGGAGAGAUUUCCCAACAAUCUGCCCAAACAUCGGGAAAAUGUGAUUCCUGCUGAUUCGGAGAAAAAGAGCUUUGAGGAAGUUAUUAACCUGGUUGACCAGACUUCAGAAAACGCACCUACCACUGUGUCUCGGGAUGUGGAGGAGAAGCCUGCCCACGCCCCUGCCCGGCCCGAGGCCCCUGUGGAUUCCAUGCUCAAGGACAUGGCCACCAUCAUCCUGAGCACCUUCCUGCUGAUUGGCUGGGUGGCCUUCAUCAUCACCUACCCUCUGAGCAUGCAUCAGCAGCAGCAGCUCCAGCAGCAGCAGUUCCAGAAGGAACUGGAGAAGAUCCAGCUCCUGCAGCAGCAGCAGCUGCCCUUCCACCCACCUGGAGACGCGGCUCAGGACGGCGAGCUCCUGGACACGUCCGGCCCAUACUCAGAGAGCUCAGGCACCAGCAGCCCCAGCACGUCCCCCAGGGCCUCCAACCACUCGCUCUGCUCUGGCAGCUUUGCCUCCAAGGCUGGCAGCAGCCCCUCCCUGGAACAGGACGACGGAGAUGAGGAAACCAGCAUGGUGAUGGUUGGGAAAAUUUCCUUCUGUCCCAAGGACGUCCUGGGCCAUGGAGCUGAGGGCACAAUUGUGUACCGGGGCAUGUUUGACAACCGCGACGUGGCUGUAAAGAGGAUCCUUCCCGAGUGUUUUAGCUUCGCAGACCGUGAGGUCCAGCUGUUGCGAGAAUCGGAUGAGCACCCGAAUGUGAUCCGCUACUUCUGCACGGAGAAGGACCGGCAAUUCCAGUACAUUGCCAUCGAGCUGUGUGCAGCCACCCUGCAAGAGUAUGUGGAGCAGAAGGACUUUGCACAUCUUGGCCUGGAGCCCAUCACCUUGCUGCAGCAGACCACCUCGGGCCUGGCCCACCUCCACUCCCUCAACAUCGUUCACAGAGACCUAAAGCCCCACAACAUUCUCAUAUCCAUGCCCAAUGCACACGGCAAGAUUAAGGCCAUGAUCUCCGACUUUGGCCUCUGCAAGAAGCUGGCAGUGGGCAGACACAGCUUCAGCCGCCGAUCUGGGGUGCCUGGCACAGAAGGCUGGAUCGCUCCGGAGAUGCUGAGCGAAGACUGUAAGGAGAACCCUACCUACACGGUGGACAUCUUUUCUGCAGGCUGCGUCUUUUACUACGUGAUCUCUGAGGGCAGCCACCCAUUUGGCAAGUCCCUACAGCGGCAGGCCAACAUCCUCUUGGGUGCCUGCAGCCUCGACUGUUUGCACCCAGAGAAGCACGAAGACGUCAUUGCACGUGAAUUGAUAGAGAAGAUGAUUGCAAUGGAUCCUCAGAAACGCCCCUCAGCAAAGCACGUGCUCAAACAUCCGUUCUUCUGGAGCCUAGAGAAGCAACUCCAGUUCUUUCAGGACGUGAGCGACAGAAUAGAAAAGGAAUCCCUGGAUGGCCCGAUCGUGAAGCAGUUAGAGAGAGGUGGGAGAGCUGUGGUGAAGAUGGAUUGGCGGGAGAACAUCACCGUCCCCCUCCAGACAGACCUGCGUAAAUUCAGGACCUAUAAAGGUGGUUCUGUCAGAGAUCUCCUCCGAGCCAUGAGGAAUAAGAAGCACCACUACAGGGAGCUGCCUCUGGAGGUGCGGGAGACGCUGGGCUCCCUCCCGGAUGACUUCGUGUGCUACUUCACAUCUCGCUUCCCCCACCUCCUCGCACACACCUACCGGGCCAUGGAGCUGUGCAGCCACGAGAGACUCUUCCAGCCCUACUACUUCCACGAGCCCCUGGAGCCCCAGCCCCCAGUGACUCCAGAUGCCCUCUGAGCCAGGGCGGCCCCUCUGUUCUGGUGGCCCCAGCUGUGACUACAGAUCUGGUCACCACAGUCCAGAGCUUGAUGUCUCCCGGCUUUGCAGGGAGACUAGGCUUCCCAAACCAAGUGCCUUGAGCUGCCUUCUCCGCAGCCCACAGAGGACAGUGCUGACCCCAGGAAGUGGGAGAAGUGGCCCCUCAUGGCCUGCAGGGAGCUGGGAAGAUGCUGGCCCCAAAGCCUUACAGUCAGGGAUGUCUGCAAAGGAGGGUCAGAGACAGUGCAAGUAGCACCUGCCAACCUUCUACUGGAUAAACUUGCUUCAGACUUUCAUUUUUUAAAAAUUCCCACUUAAUGUUAGUCUAUGGGCCUUUCAGGAAGGAAGAGGAGGGAGUCCUGCAUUUUGCUUGCAUGCUGGGACAGCUAGGCUGAGACACACCAAGUGCAGCCUUCACUGGAGACCGGACUUGUGAGGUGAGGGAUGCUGAAGAUGGGGAGGACAGAGUUCAGAGGGUGUUGUCCUGGGGUAGGAGUUGCCUUAUAGUAGCCCAGGUCACUGUUAACUAGUGUUUCUGCAGAGGCAGCAGGAGCCGUGAGCAUGAGGCAUUAGAGACCGGUCAGCUAUGCAUGCCAGCAGGUGGGGUCAUGUCUGCAGUUCUCAGAAAUGAAGAGGCUGCUCUGUUCUGGAGGCAGUGGUGGCCCAGUGCCAGUGGCUAGAACAGUGGCCUUUGGUGGAUGUGUCCUGGGGGCCAUCUGGGGGUGUUGUUCAGGAGUGCUUGGGACAAGAGGUAAAGAGUUCCCUGGUCUUCAAGGAGAGCAGACAGGGGCUAGUCUUCAGGACCAGAGGGAGGCUGCCGAAUGGGACCCUCCUGGUCACCAGGAGAAAGCCCUGGGCCAGUAAGUAGGCAGUCAACCUCCUCCGUCCCCAAGGCUUAUGGAACAAGAGGCUGGUGGUGAGUCAGGGCCAGGGUGAGUGGCCAAGGCCAGGGUCACUGUGCGCUUCAUGGGCCUGCUUCUUUGUUUUUCUUGGCAAAUUUUAAUAACUCUAUUUUGAUUAUACUGUAGAAUGCUGCAUCAGCAUAAGUUAGCUAAAUGUGAAGCUUACUCAUGAAGAGUAAAUGCAAGAGAGAAUACAUCUUCUAUUUUUUGUGGUACCAAAAAUCACCAUGCCCUCAAGAAAGAGUGUUCAUAUAUAGAACAUUCUCUAAUGCUGAAGAGUAAAACGUUAUAGCAACACUAUGUAAAUGUAUUAAACAGUAUCAAAGUAAUAGUCUCUAAAUUAUGUUUGUACCAUGUUUUGUUUUUUUUUUUUUUUUUAAUUCACGUAAUUUUUAGCUUUCUUUUCAGGCAAAACUUUGUUUUUUCUCUCCCGAGAGCCUUAGAGGUUAAAAUGCAGUCAGCACACCAUGUAAGAUACUGUCUGUUUACUUUCUCCAGCCAGUAGGGGGAUCAUUGCAGCUCAGGCCUGGUGAACUCAGAGACUCCAUUCAGUAUUAAGAAUGGGAUUGUUGAAUUUUACUCACUCACAGAAAAAUCACUGUUUCUUCAUGUCGUAAGAUGUUUUCUGAUUGUGUGUUUGUAUCAUAGUUACUCAGCAAAAGCUCUUAUUCUGCUUUUGUUGAAUUCGGCUCCCUUCCUUUCAUCAUAGCUAAAGUGAUCUUUUUCUUUACUAUUAACAGGAUCCUACAUCCUUAAAUCUCAUUGAUUACCCCACUUAGGCCUUGGAACCUUGUCCCUCGGUCGGUGUCCUUGGCGUCUUCUAAGCAAGGCUAUGCAUUUUUCAGAAACGUGGCCAGACUGCGUUUCUUGCUGCUCAGAUGCCGCAUGCCAGGUGGCCUGAGACAGAGCUCCCCACACGGCUGCAAGGCGCUUUACCUGUGGGCUUUGGCAGUAACCCGAGACAGGAUCAGAAGGUGCCACGAGCGAUUGAACAGGACUGCCACAGGGACUGCUGCUCACCUCACUGUCAGCCCAGGGUUUUCUCUUUGGGAGUACCCAGGUGAUUUUUAGUGGCCCAAUUUUGUGUCAUCUCCCUGUUUUAGCCCAACUUGCCUAGAGACGACUGUUUCAAAUGCCUUUUCUGCUUAUCAUGAGUUUCUAACCACCCAGAUUUCUCAAAAUCAUUUAUUCAGUGUAUUUUAUUUGAAGACUUACUGUAUUGAGCUAGGCAGGAUAUAGCGUGCUGGGGAUACAGCGAUGAACAAGACAGGCAAAACUUCUGCUUUCCUAAAACUUGUGGUGAGAGACAACAAUAAAAAAGUGUUGCUGCCACUAAGAAACCUACAUGUGUGGGAAAGGGAGCGUGUUUGCAGUUUGCAUCUCUUCUGUCCCAGAAUCAGUGGGAACUGGUCCAGUCACCUCUGGUCCCUCCUCUUCAUUACCUUUAGGAGCCCAGGUUCCCAUCAGUCUUCUAAGCGGGGGGUGGGGGGGUGGCAUUGUUUGAAGAGAUCUCUUGUGGGUACUUGUCAAGAAAACACCUUGGGCAUCAUCUGGUAUAUCCAGUUCUAGUCUCAAGAAUUCUGGUUUCCCACUGUGCUCAGCAAGUGGAAAGUUCUUUUCUUCGGGCCAGAAUAGCUCUGUAGCAUUGUGUAUCAUGUUGCAGCUGAGCUGUUUGAUCUGUAGUUCAGGUUACGGGACUUCUCCAAUCCUGGAAGGCUGUUGAACUUUUCAGAAGUAUUGUACACUAUCUUCAUCUUUAAGACGGAACUUGGUCGCAUCUGUUAGGAAUCCAAAGGACACUAUGAUUUAUUUAAAUCUUGUCUUGAACCUUGUAUUGAACUACUCUUGGGUACAUGUGCCAGAAUUUCUCUUGUUGCUUCUUGAGUCUUUUUAAUUUUGGUUUUGAAGCACUCCACAAGCACCAAAGCAUUUUCACUUCAGGAGCAUUGGUAUUCCUUGAUUAGCCGUAAAGCAAUCUCGCGGCUCAAGUAUGAAAUCCUGGGUGCAUAGGUGUUCUCCCCUUCCACCGUGUUCUCAGUCCAGUGAUGGUCAGAGGUCUUUCCAAGGAGACAUCACUCUGAUCAGUUACAGAUAGAUGUUCUGGAAGAUCUGCAGGUGAGUGCAUCCGGCAGAUCCGGCAGUUUCUUCCCACCAGCUCUAGAAGAAAGGGCCUUAUCAGAGUUGACCCUGAGCCUUUGUAAGGUUUUGUGUGCAUGCAAUUCAGUUAUCUUUGGCAAUUCUUUCUCGCUGCAGUGAGAGAGAUUAAUUGGUUGCUGAUGAAACCUGCAGAUGAGGGGCUUUGGAUUGUGCAGCUUUCUCCUCUGGCCACUUUCUUUUCAGGAAGUUGGACUUUGGCCAGGUUUGACGUUCCCGGAGCAGUUCCAUUCUCUGUCCUUUCCUUGGAUGCUCGUGGUGUGCCCAUUGGAUCUUCGGCCUUGCGAUCUGGGAUGGGGGACAGUUGCACUUUCGCAGCCUUCUGUGCUGGAAGAGAAAGCCCAGCACCCUGCAAGGAGCCCCUUUAAGCUCCCCAUUUCACUUUAUCUCUCUGCUUUUCGUGUCUGAAAUUGCUUUUCUUUGUAUUUCCCAGCAUUUCUUUUCCUUGCUCCUUCCUUUACCAUCCUGGAGUCAUUUUAGUUGCCUGUGUCCUGGCCUUGGUUUCUCCUGGCAGGAAGUCAUCAGUUAUCCUCUCCAGGCAAGCCGAAAUUCCACCUUCCCGGUUUGGACAUCAUCCUUUAAACCCGAGUGUCUGCUCCCCUCCUCUACUUUGUUUACUUUAUGAAACAGUGAUUUCCCUGGUUCUGAUUUUUUGUACUGGCACUUAAAUCUUUUCUGUAGACAUUGGAAAACCACAAAGAACAUGUCUGCAAUGAGCCUCCCACUGGAACAGCCUUAACUGGCACUUUAGCCAAGCCCCCCACCUCCCCUGUGUACUGUGUGUGUGUUUGGUGGAUACAGUAUUCCUUUUCAGUGUCCCUGAAGCUGUGAUGGGGGGUCCCCACUUACCUGGAAAGCAUUACCAGUUACCUACGCUGCAUUCUCAGAUGCAAACCUUGUGUAGUGUUCUUUUGCAAUGACCUAUUUAUUUAACCUAUUUAUAUUUAUUUAAUUUUUACUCUGAAAUGUAUCCAGUUACAACUGUACUUGCUUAAAACACAUCAGAUUUGUUUUGGACAACACCCCUGACCAUUUUAAAACUGGAAAAUGGAAAGUGACACGGUAGCCUUCCAUGGGAUGGAUGCUUUACAGUAGUCUUAUUACUAAAGGGUGAUUAAUUUGGUCGGGGUAAAAUGUUUAUUUUUAGGUGAUUUUUAAGAAUUCUGUGCCGUUGUGUCUUCUUUAUGGAUGGUUAAUUGUUUAAUUAGUAUGUGUUAAUUGUAUAAUACAGUCCUCUUUGUGGAUGGAACCUGAAAUCCUCUUUUUAGCUUUAUAUUUUAUAAACUGCCAGAUUGUACAACUUUUAUGUGUAUUUUUAAAGCUUGAAGACAUGAGGGUCAUUAUCUAAGUUAAACGGCCUAUUUUUGUACCUCCUGUACAGUUUUAUAAUUCUGCUGAGUGAUUGUGGCAUCUCAUGUCGAGCCAACCACAAUAAAGGUAGUUUUAGAUUUUGGA